UAGGCUCUGGAUGCCACAAGGAAGGUAUAGAGCAGUCAUAUUUAAAGGGGAAUUACUCUGGAGAAAAUACACAAGGAGGGCAGCACCUGGAGUAAGUGGAUCAAGACUCCUUUGGUGUCAUUUCCCACUCAGCCCAUGACAGUCACAGCAUCUGUUCUCCAAGAGGCUGGAGCAUGAAGUGAAGACGCUAUUGCAGCCCUCAAGAUGAACUCCAGCUUGGAGGGUAAUCAGAGCAGCCAUCCCUUUUGCCUUCUAGCAAUUAACUAUUUGGAGACUAUCAAUUUUUGCCUCUUGGAAGUAAUGAUCAUUAUUUUUUUAACUGUGCUGAUCAUUUCAGGUAACAUCAUUGUGAUUUUUGUUUUUCAUUGUGCGCCUUUACUAAACCACCAUACUACAAGCUAUUUUAUCCAGACUAUGGCCUAUGCUGACCUCUUGGUGGGAGUGAGCUGCCUGGUCCCUUCCUUAUCAUUACUCCAUUAUCCCCUUCCACUGGAGGAAUUCUUGACCUGCCAAAUUUUUGGCUAUGUGGUGUCAGUGCUGAAGAGUGUCUCUAUGACUUCUCUGGCCUGCAUCAGUAUUGACAGGUACAUAGCAAUCACUAAGCCCUUGACCUAUAAUACAUUAGUCACACCCUGGAGACUCCGAAUUGGUAUCUUGGUCAUUUGGCUCUAUUCUGCCCUGGUUUUCCUGCCUUCCUUCUUCCGCUGGGGUAAACCUGGAUAUCAUGGAGAUGUGUUUCAGUGGUGUGCUGACUCCUGGUCCACUGACCCUUACUUCACCCUCUUCAUCGUGAUGAUGCUCUAUGCCCCUGCAGCUUUCAUCGUGUGCUUUACCUACUUCAACAUUUUCCGCAUCUGCCAGCAGCAUACCAAGGAAAUUAGUGAUAGGCGCGCACGUUUCAGUAGCCAGAGUGGAGAAGCUGGGGAGGUACAGUCCUGUCCAGAUAAGCGCUAUGCCAUGGUCCUCUUCCGCAUCACCAGUGUCUUCUAUGUCCUCUGGCUGCCAUACAUCAUUUACUUCUUGCUAGAGAGUUCUGCUGGUUUCAGCAACCGCACCGCAUCCUUCUUGACGACCUGGCUUGCCAUUAGUAACAGCUUCUGCAACUGUGUCAUUUACAGUCUCUCCAAUAGCGUUUUCCAAAAAGGGCUGAAGAGACUUUCAGGAGCUGUGUGCACCUCCUGUGUAAAGCCAACAACAACCAAGGACCCUUGUCCUUCUCAGAGCAAAGGACCUCCUAAUGGAUGCCAUGUCUGAAAUGGUUCUCAGCAUGUCUUUGUUACUGGGUAUUUUUCUUUCCAAGUAUUUCUUGGUCAAUUAGGAAAUUUGAAACAAAAAUCACAUCAUCUUAACUUCUGUGAAAGAAGAUUUUUUCUGAGCAGUGUGUUUUGGGGCCAUAAGAAUUAAAACAAUGAACAUAAAUUGCCGGAUACAGUUUUUGUAAUGUCAAGGAAAUUUUUCUGGUUCUCAAAUCAUGCUAUAUGUCCAGUACUUCUCUGUGGCUGGCAUAACUGCAUCUGGAUACAGGGUAGCUUCAGCAUCAAGGAGGAAUCUUCAUUUUGUACAGCUUUACUAUGUUCUUUCCAGCUAUUUAAUGGUUUCUGUGGACAAGGAAUGUCUGACUGUGGCAGUGAAUUCUGGGAAUCCUUAUGUUUGCCAAAGUAUAACUUAACUGCACAUUUCAACACUGUCAAUUGGGCUGGGGUGGGGAGAGUGGCAGAUUUUUAUGUCUCACUUCCCUGGAGUGAGAACUCUCCACAGACUGAAUAAUGUGAACCCUUGAACAUUAACUUUUUAAAUUUGCAAUGAGCCAUGCAAUAAUCGUGCAAUCAAGUCAUGAGGUUGAUGGGAAGCUGAGCUAGCCUCAGUGCUGUCCUGCUUCACAGCUCUCUAAAGAACCAUUAUGGGGGGGAUGUGAUUUAAUUUACAAGAUUUGACGUGUGCAUGUGUGCGUGUGUGCUGUGAAUGUUUGAAUUCAGCCAAAUAUAUCUCUUACAAUAAAAUGUAUUUUAAUAAGCUAAGAAACAGUUAUCUUUAAUGACAUAAUUGUGGCUGCAGUUUUGGUCACGUUGAUAAGUUGAACAAAUGUAUUGUUAAAAUCUUAUCAGAAAUUAUAUUUGUCUUGCUUAUUUUAUCCAAAGAUUUUUGAGACUUUAUCUAUUGGAACAUCAGGGAAAAGGACAGAGACUGGGGGAAAGAAAAUAAUAUAUUUUAGUCUAGAGAGUUAAAAAGAACUCAAAACAUUUAUUUGAGACUUAUUUUUAGACAUGAUUAGAAAGAAACAAUGAAUUCUUCUGUUCUGUUGCUAGUUAAAUAAUAUGUUCAUUUGGGGGAAAUGAUUUUAAGGAAUCCCCAUUUGAAAAGAAGAUGGGGAGUUACAACUAAGCAAGUGAUAAUUUAUUGCUUUUCUGUUUACUUGGGGAAAAUCUUUGGGGAAAGGGAGGGUCCUUGUUCUUGCCAGAUUAUUAACAACUAUAGGUUUAAAAUUUUAUUCCAUAGCCCUACUGUUCCAGAGGACUGACAUCUGGUGGUUUAUUUUUUAAACCUAGUUGUUCUAUGAUAUUUGAUGGAUUCACAGUUUUGUCAUAAAGGGUGCUUUCUUUAUUUACAGCAACCUUUUUACUUUUUAGUCUUUAUGAGUUACCAUGAUUAAAACCAUUUGUCUUCUCGUGAGCAGGCUUCUGUUCAUGAGCCCUUUUUCAUUUAGCUGUGCUGGUUUCUUAGACAACAGACAUACAGUCUGUCACUGUCCUCAUUCUUAGUAGGGCCUCCUAGAGCUUUUGCUCUGUUGAUAUACCCUUUGAAAACUCAGGCCCGCCUCCACACUACAUUUCAACAUCAGAAAAGGUUUUUAAUAGAGAAAGCAUUCCCUAGGAGCUAAUUCCAUUGCCAUAUUUCCUUUUUUUUUUCAGAGGGAGUCUUCAAAGAGGGUGUUUAAUACCUUCCAUUUGGCUAGACAUAGUAUGAAUAAUAAUAACAGCAAAUCACAUUUCCGUAGUGCUUUACUAUUAAAGUACUUUCCUCAAAACCUUCCUGUGAGAGAUCAGUAAUGUGAAUAUUCCAAUUUGCAGAUGAGAAAAUUGAGGCUUUGAGACAUAACGUGGCCUGCCCAGAGCCACUUAAACUCAGAAAACCAGUAUGUGUCAGAUCCACGGCUCAAAUUUAGUUCUUCUGACUUUAAAUCUCAUCAUUCUUCCAGUAUCAUAGUUGCAUCCACCUGUAUUGAUGGUGUUCAGUAUGAUGAAAAACAAACAAGGGAAUAGAGUACGCUAGACAUCUAGAUUAUUUCACUGCUCUAAGAAAGGACAAUAGGACAUUGAUAAAAUAUUAGGCAAGUUUUUUUCUGUUGUUUUUUUUUCCUAAUUUUCUACCAGCAUCCUUAGAGCCUCCAGAAAAAAUGCCAUAUUUGUGUUUAUAAGGCUUAUAUGUUGUUUGUGGAGAAUUUCAAUUUAUAGUCUGUACUAUGCUGUUAUGCAAAAUUAAUUCUUAAAUGAUUGAGUAUAUAUCAAAACCCAGACUUCAAUGCAAAAUUAAUUCUUAAAUGAUUGAGUAUAUAUCAAAACCCAGACUUCAAAUUCUUUGUUCUCUUUGGUAGCUUGCUUGCUGUUUAUUCUUUGUUGUUGUUGUUGUUGUUGUUUUGGGGGUUUUUUGCAGGGCAAUGAGGGUUAAGUGACUUGCCCAGGGUCACACAGCUAGUAAGUGUUAAGUGUCUGAGGUUGGAUUUGAACUCAGGUCCUCCUGAAUCCAGGGCUGGUGUUUUAUCCACUGCGCCACCCAGCUGCCCCAACUUGCUGUUCAUUCUUAAUCUCAUUUUGAGCUCUUAAAAGGUUGUCCUGAAAUUAUAUGUUGUACUGAAAAUAGCCAUAUGAAAUCAGCACUGAGUAGAACCUACCACACCACCUUUUUCUGCCUUCAAAAAUAAUGUUAUUAUAUUGUGCCAUUCUCAUUCUUAGUUAUUCAGAGGUGAAGACCUUUGCCCGUGUGUCAGGCAGAAAUGCCACUUACUCAGAUCUGUGUAAAAUAUGUUUGUGAAAUUUACACUAGUAAAUAUUGGAGUCUUGAAAUAGCCAAUUUUUGUAAAUAGAUUUCAAGACAGGUGAUACAGGUCUUUCUGUUUAUGAUACAUUUCAAAGCCUAUAAUUCUUUUCUACCAGAAAUGUUUCUCAUGCAAGAAUGAAUUCUUUUUAGUUGAACAAACAUUUAUUUAGCCCCUACUAUAUAAAGAGCACUCUGCUUAUAGAACUAAGAGAGAGAUACCACAUUUAGAUGAGAUAUAGUCUCUACCCUUGAGAAGCUUUCAGUUAAGUAACAGCAUGUGUCCCACCAAUAGGAUUAUGGGGUUUAUGGCCAGAAAGAACUAUAAGAGAGUACUUGUCCAUUCCCCUCAUUUUUAUAGAUGAGGAAACUAAGGCCUAGAGGGAAAAAGUGACUUGUCCAAGGUUACAUAGGGAGAAAAUGGCAGAACUGGGACCCCAGUGUGGAUCUUCUUACUCUAAAUCCAGUAUGCUUUAUACUACACUACACUUUAACUAUAAUGCAAAAUAGUUCAUGAUGUAAUAUGUAAAAGUUGAAAAAAUAGAGCUUAUGAUGUUGAGGUGGAGAAAGGUCAUUAAUGAUGGAAGGAAAUAAAAGUUUUCAUAGGACUGGCGACAUUUGAGUUGGACUUUAAAGGAUGAAUAGAAAUUCAGCAGGUGAACUUGGGAAAGGGGAAGAUAGGGCCUUUCAGGAAUUUGGAAUAGCACGCAGGCAAGAGCACAGAAACAAAAAAGCUCGAACCAUUUUGAUGGUAACAUGAAUAAUAUGGCUAGGAGUGGGUUGAAAUAAAGAUGGACUAUGAAGGUCCUUGAAUGCCAGGCUGACAGGUUUGAGGGGUUUCAAUAGUUUGAAUAAAGGGGUGAUGGACCAGAUGCAUAAGGAAAAGACAUCUAGCUUUAAUGAACAGGAUAGCUUAUUGAGGAAGAGUAUAGGUAGGAACAGCUGUUAGGAGGUUACUGGGGUACUCUGGACAGAUGGCAAGAGAUCUGAAUUAGCAGUGGGAAAUGGAUAGAAGAGAUACUGUGGAGAAAUGUGUUGAUAAAUAUUAAGUCCCUAGUAACGCCUGAGAAAGCUGCUGUUCUCUUUUAUUUUAUUUAUUUAUUUAUUGGUGGGGCAAUGAGGGUUAAGUGACUUGCCCAGGGUCACACAGCUAGUAAGUGUCAAGUGUCCCAGUCUGGAUUCAAACUCAGGUCCUCCUGAAUCCAAGGCCAGUGCUUUAUUCAAUGCGCCACCUAGCUGCCCCAGCCGCUGUUCUCAUAAUGACCGAGAAGAGGCUAUUGCUUUUAGAAGUUUCUUUCAGUUAAUAUAGUUUUUUUCUAGUGCUAAAUUCAGAUUCUAUUAAAGGUUUUUGUUUGUUUGUUUGUUUGUUUUUGGUGAGACAA